UGGUAUAGCAAUGGCGACUCGGUUUUCUUCAAAAAAAUGUCAAAUUUUGACUUCAAAGCUGUUUCUUGUAGCGGUUCUUCGCCCCCGAAAGUCGCUUUUCACACCUGUUCGUUAGUACAAAACAAGUUCUAUAUUUUUGGCGGGUUAGAUGACAAGAAAUCCGUACAAAACAGGGUAUAUUGCUACGAUCCUUUAUGCAAUGAGUGGAAAGAAAUAACCCGAACUGACAAUGAUUUCGCGCAGAAAAGCCACUCGAAAUCGCGACAUUUUGGUGGAGUCCAGAUACAUGAAGCGCCUAAACUUAGUCACCACACAGCUAAUGUAAUAAACGAGUGUUGUAUCGUAUUUAUUGGUGGUUGGACGGGCCACAAGAGAAGUUCUGAUGCAUAUUAUUAUGACACUGUUGACAAUACCUGGUUCCAAAUACAAGUGCAAGGGGACAUACCAGCAGGACUCAGUUCUCAUACAGCCACCCAGAUCUCAGACAAUGAACUGCUGGUAAUUGGUCGGGAGGGUGGGAUCAGGACACAGCGGCGGUCUGGUGAUGCAUUCUACUUCAAUGUAAAAACAGGUGCGUACAAAGAAGCUCACCUCCAUGUGUCAUCGAGAUCAGGUCAUACUGCAAAUCUGGUUAAAACACAUCUUGGGAAAAGUUAUGUAUUAUUUGUACAAGGUGGUCGGAAAGGAGAUGAAUACCAACUCAUUGGCAGCUGGAACAAAAAGCCAGGACAACAACCUGUGCUUGACAAUGAUAAAAUAACUAGUUUUCUUUCAAAAUGGAAGGCUUGCGAGAAACCUUCUGGGAGGCAACAUUGUGUUUCAGUUGAGCUAAGCGAUAGGUUUUUGUUACUUUUUGGAGGCGAGACAUGGGCGGGGGUUAGGAAUAAUGUCACAAAUGAGAUCUACAUACUAGACUGUUGUAAGAUGAAGUGGUAUAGUCCUUUAGAGGUAGGUAAGGGAAUACCAUGUCUUACUGGUCAUACCAUGGGUAUGGUGAAUGACAAAGUGUUUGUCUUUGGUGGGUUACUAGAUGGUAAGUGUACAGACAAUGUCUGGAUGGUGGAUUUGUAAAGGGUUGGGAUA